GCAUGGUUAUUUCCGUUUUCCAGAGGUAACUGGCAGGCAUGACAUCAGAUUGAAGCGAACUCGAGAAAACAACUGAUAUUUUGACAAGGCCCCGAAACAUUGGUGAAAACAGGUAAGGUCACCUUGUUGCAAGUGCAAACACGACUUUGUAGGCGCUGACUAGAGGCUUGUCGAGCUAGAUAAUCUUCAAAAUCUGAAAUGAAACUAGUGAGGUGUUUAAAAGUCUUUAGCCUCUUAUACAUAGGUCACAACGCUGCCAGAUCUGUUCAUUAAAUAGUGCCUGUCACCUGUUAUGUAACCUGUCCAGUCUUAUGUGUUGUCUCUUCACUCAGCAGAUAAGUGUUUCCAAAUGCACCCCUCAUCUUGUGACACCUUUGUGGCUCUGCCCCCCUCCACUGAGGGACAACGCGUCAUCUUUGGGAAAAACUCAGACAGGCCUUGUGAUGAAGUCCAGGAGGUGGUGUACUAUCCUGCCAGGGACUAUGAGGCAGGGACAAAGUUGGAGGUAGGUGACAUAAACAGUUUGCAAAUGCCAUACAACCUCUAACUUAUCACAUUGAGACUAUCUUUGUGUAAAGACAGAUAAAGGAACAGAUUUUUUUUCCUGUGUUUUGCUUCACUUUUGCACAGUGCACAUACAUAGAAAUUGAACAGUCUGCCCACACGUAUGCAGUUGUGUUGAGCAAACCGGCAUGGCUAUGGGGUGCAGAAAUGGGUGCAAAUGAGCACCAAGUGUGCAUUGGAAAUGAAGCAGUGUGGGGCAAAGAGAGCGCAGAUGGUGAUGAAGCUCUUCUUGGCAUGGAUCUGGUCAGGUAAGGACCCUAGACUGCAUAUAGGGGAGACCGGGGCUUGUUGUCACAUGGGUAAGUUGUCACAUUGCAAUUAUCUUUGCCACCAGAGGGUGCAACCAAAAAGUGGAAUACUAGUUUUCUUCCUUUACAUGAAAAAAAAAUUAAAAAAAAAACAACUUUAUAUAUUUUAAAAUAAGCUUCUUCCAGAUGUGGACUUGUUCGAGGAGAGAUUCAGGCAUCCUGUCGUACCUCAGUCAUUGUUCUGUUUCAAGCUCACUUUAAGCUAGAGCUAGAAUUAGCAAACAUGGUAGCUUGGGACAACAUGUCUCAGUCAUUUUGGGGUUAGUUGUCACAUGUUUAAAAGGGAUUAGAAUUAACAGAGAGUCUGCUUAUCAGCCGUUUUCACAAUGAAAUUUUGACUUUAUUUUUACAGAGAAGAGAGUGGUUUAAAAGAGAGGAGAAAGCGGAAAAACAUGGUCAGGAUUUACAAAAGAAAAACUGAACCUGACGUGAUGCUGAGGGCAGUCAGGCAGGUGACCCUAGCUAAUAAAUCAAUCUAAGAGUACAAUAAAGGACUUUAAUGUCAACUUCCAUACCUUGGCUCGGUACUGUAAAACAUUCACCUCAGAUGAAAUACAGUCAGACAGCUCUCCAAACUCCAGAGCAUGUUGCAUAAUAUUUUAUGUUGAGGUUUGUUCAAUGGCUAUGCUCAAUGACUUUUUCUAUCUCAAAAAUAAACAUUUUCUGUGCCUGACUUUGAUGUUCACUUUCAUGUAAAAAAGGAGGACAACAACAAUAUUGUCCUUGUUUUAUUAGCUGCAAAAUCCACUGUGACAUCUCACCCCAUAUAGUGAGACAACUUACCUGAUGGUGGGGAAACAUGUCACAUGUUCACACUCUCUAUUUGAUUGCUUAUAACUCUGUACUGACACAAGAUAUGAAAAUGACAUGAAUACGAAAUAUAUACCGAAGACUUUGCUCUUUUGUGUGGUACACAUUUUGCUUUACAUAUGAUGUAUUUAUUCCAAGAAAAUUAUAAGAGUGUAAAAAGUGUGACAACAAGCCCCAGUCUCUCCUACUACAGUAUAUGGUAAGGACCCUGUGAAGACACUUUGUUGCAAGACUUUUGCAUAGGCUAAGCAAAAUGCUAAACUAGGAAACAUUUUCAGGCUUGGACUUGAGAGGGCUGAUACUGCUGAGAAAGCUGUUGAGGUGAUUACUGAGCUGCUGGAGAGAUAUGGCCAAGGAGGAUCCUGCAUGGAGGAUGAGUCCGGUUUUACCUACCACAAUAGCUUCCUAAUCUCAGACAGAAAAGAGGCAUGGCUACUGGAAACAUCUGGGAAGUACUGGGCAGCAGAAAGAGUGGAAGGUAAGUAGUGUAGUAGAAGUUGUGUAAAAAGUAAAAAGGUAUGAAACCCUUAGUUGUUGGGCAUCCACUAUUAUACGGCAUUGCUAGAGCCCCAUAAGAAACACGGACAAAAUUAGUAUUAGUAUUAGUAUUCUAAAGGUUUACAUGCAGUAUAGUAGGUAAUAAACAAACUUGUGACAUAGAAAACGACCUUACAGGGCCAUUAAAUACAGAAAAGAAAGAGAGUUGGAUUUGCUCAUAUCUCAGAGGCAUGUUUCUGGGAAAAGUAGGGAUUAUGUUUAUUUUAAUGUUAAUGCCACUAAAAGUCUAAGAGCGCUAACAUAUUUGUAAAACAACCUUGACAUUUUCUUUGGAAGUAGAAACAUCUUGCAACUUUUGUCUACUAAAUGACACUAUUAUUAGCACAAAUUUACCAGUCUAUGUUUUUUGGGUUGGCAUUGAUGAGAAAUAUUUGUUUGUUAUGUUGGAUCUGAUAUAAAUAUAAUGAAUACCUUUGUGGUGAGGAUCAGUGACAGAGUUUGUCCACUAGAGAGUGCUGUCAAUUUACUUUUUGACUAUGAAACACCAGUGGCCCACCUACAGCUCAUGUCUAUUGGAAGUUCCUUAAAACCCAGUUUAGAGAGUUUGACUCCAAAAAGUUAACAGCUUUUUCCUGAUUUACUAGGGAGAGCCAUCCAUGGUGGUGCCAGUCAUUAUGAUCAUAACACUUUGAAAAUUCAUUUUUUAUGCAUUGUAAGUUGUUGUUUUUUUUUGCCUGUGUUAUUUAUUCCAUAAUCUAUAUCUCAAUUUAUGAGACGGUGUAUGUAUAGUUACACUGUGUAUCAUGAUAAUUCGGGUAUUGAUAGUAAGUUUGAAACUGUGCUGCUGUUGUUACCAUGUAAUACUUGUUUGACAUGUGUUAAAACCACUAGGUUUAAGUAUUUAUAUGUAUAUAUUUUUACUUUAUAUUUCUCCAGCUGGACAUCGUAACAUCUCAAAUGAGUAUGAUAUAACAACUAAAAUCGACAAGGAACAUCCAGAGAUGAGGGAAUAUGCAAAACACAAAGGCUGGUGGGAUGGAAAGGCUCAGUUCAACUUUGCCAGAGUGUACUCUUAUGCAACUCCAGGGCGGAUAGGAGCAUCUGGAAGCCGAUACUGUGAGGGGAAGAAGAUGCUACGAAAGAAUGACGGUUAGCAGCACAGAGUCCACCCUCACUCAGUAAAGAUUCGAGAAGGCAUAACUCCAAGGAUGUUAAUGCGUUUAUGUUCAUUUUGUAGGUCACAUCACUGCUGAAACGAUGAUGGAUAUUCUGAGGGACAAAGACAGUGACAUCAACAUGGAGGGAAUGUUCCUGACGACAGGGAGUAUGGUGUCAGUGAUACCUGAAGAUCCUGCUCUACCUGGUGUUCACUAUUUCACAGCAACCCCUGACCCUGAGAGGUGAAGUGUCUCAGCUGAUAGAUGAGCUGUUUUAUAGUCAAAGCAGUUUCUCUUUAAUGGUGAAAUGUAUUUUGGGUUUGACAGGUCCGUCUUCAAACCUUUCAUCUUUGUCAAUAACAUCCAUCCACUGAAAGAAACCACCUCUCCUGAUUAUGGGCCGGAUGAUCCUGUGAAAAGGAAACCUCGCUUCCAGAGUAAGCCAAACCGCAAACAUGAGCUUUUUGUCAAACAUGAAGUCGUGGCUGCCAUCAUUGACUCCUACAAGGUGAGCUUCCUCAUUUAAACCUGAAGUUCAACUGCAUAUGACUCUUGGCCCAGUGUGGUAACCAUGCUGGAAAUCUACCAAUGAAAGGUCUGUUCUGUCUAUUUUUUGUCUAUAGGACAAAGGAAAGAAGCUAACUGAAAGUAUGAGGAAGCUAGAGAAGGAAACCAUGACACGGAUGGAGGAAGUACUUUUACAUGGUGUGAAGGAACCAGAUUCUUUGGUGAAUCUGUUCUCAAACUCUGUCAUGGAGGAGUUGGCUGUGUACACCAAAAAAUGAGAGACUGUUAACUGUUCAAACCACAAACUGUAGCAAUUCAUGCCUCUGUAAUUUACCUCAGGAUCAAUAGGUAAGUAAAUGGAAAGUAAAUGAUCUCAUAUCAGUCCAUUGAGAAAAUUCAGAUAAAACUCAUCAAAGAAGAUAGAAAUGUUGAUAAAUUUAAGUGUCAACAGAAACAUGUGAGAACAAACUUCAAGCGAAAUGCAAGAUUCAUGAGCUUGGCAAUAAAAUUUAUUUUUAAAAUCAAACACUUACUGUUUAUUUGCAGCCAUUGACAAAAUAAAAAGGUAACUCCAGUUAAAACAGCUGUUUCAAUAUGAUUAAGUUUAAAAAUAAACUCUAACAUUUGAACUAAAACAGUAAAACAUUUGAUUUCAAUGAUCUGAAAUAAAAAAAGCAGUCCUUUUCAACUUUAAAUCUUGUGUUAAAGGAGGAAAUGUUUUUGGUCAGUGAAGUUAAAUACAAGUACAUACAUGCUUUGACACUCCCUCAGUGCUGAAACUCGUUUUUUCACACAUUCAUUGCCACACCAUGCAAACACAUUAUGGCUAUCUCUUACUAAUGUUUAUUAUGUUCAAAGCGCCAGUUUGCUUUGGUUGUUGAAUAUAUAGCAUGGCCAUAGAUACCCAGAUUUUUUUCAGCUGUUGAAUAGCUUUAGAAUAUCUUGCUGAUUUAUUGCAUUUGGAUACUACAGAUAUUACCAAACCAUGUGUCAGCUGCUCCAAAUCAUUGUUAAAUUGUAUUAUUACAGAUUAUCAAAGCAUAGUGGCUUCAUGCUACAUUAUUGGUUAACCUCCAAACUCAGACAGAAGUCAAACAGUCUUGACACUGAUGAAGGUAAACUCAUAAUUUUCCCUUGUCCUUUGUUAAUGAUCUUUGGUCAGAGGAGUUACGACACACUUGAGUGUCCUUGUUAAGAAACAGUACAUUCAGCAGAGAUGGAUUUCUACCCUGUGUCUUCUGAGGACAAAUCUCUGUGCGGUAUUUCUCACACAAAAUGUACACAGUUCUGAGUCCAAGUGCACACACUGACUGCAUAAAAAUAAAAACAAAGUUUUAAAAAAGCAGCAACAUCUGGUUUAAACAUUUGAAAUCAUAAUAAUAUGGCUCUUUUUUGGGUAGUAAUGGCUAUCAUCCAGUUCAUUUAUGUUAAUGUUGGAUUUACUGGCGUCAUGCAGAUUACAGGAUUCAGCUCUUUACCACAACUGUGUAACACAGCAAAAGAAAAAUAAGCUAUCUGACAUAUAAAUUAAAAAGAUGUAACAUACAAAACGUAAAAGUGAAACUACCAAGUAUAAAACUUAUUUCCCAGUCCGUCUUUCAAAGGCAUGUUGUAGCAUCUUCUCCAUAAGAGGGACUUAAAUGCCAUUCAGAAUACUCUGCUUUUGUGUAAAUGGGGAUCGACCCAGCUGCUCCACAUCUCACAUCUCAACAAUUACCCUGAUAAAGGAACUUCAAGCUAUUAAAAUAAGACACUAUAAAAUCGAAACGAUGCUAGUUCCCUUUAAGACCAAUCCCACACAACUACAGUGUUUUGCUUUUUAACACGGCUGAGCUAAACAGUGCAAACACAAUUAUCCAAGUACGUGAGGAUAUUCUUGAAAGGUCAGUUCUUUUUUCCCUUGUUGAAUGAACUUAAGCUGUAUUUCUAGUCAUUUCUUUCUGAACUUAAAAUGCCUCAAAUCUUUGGUAAAAACCCAUGAGGACUCUAAAGUUGAGUCUUAAACUAAGAAUCGGUAAUAAAGACGACUGUCUUGGAAGCCAUGCUCCUGAUUGAUGUGCUGGAGCACACCCCCCUGCUGCAGGUUUGUUCCGUACAGCACUGCCUCACCAGCAUCCCGAGCCAAGCCCACCUGCUGGAGCCACUCCACAAGUUCACAGCCAAGAAAACACUCUACCAUGGUCCUCUUCCCACACCUGGAAGUUAAAGGAGACAUUCACUCAAAAGUCUGAAGCGGCUUGUCGGGGUUCGCACAGAGAAAAAAAACAAAGAAAAGUCAGAGCCCACUGCAGUAAAACUCCAGGGGAUGAGUUGUUAAAACAUUUGAUAAAUUAUGAGUAUUAUGUGUAUGACCACAGGUGUUAUUUCUCUAUGGGUCAGGAAAAACAUAUAUAUAUAUAUAUAUAGGACAUUUGACCAGAGCAACACUGAGCAAGAGUCUGUGAGCUCACCUUCUCUUUUUGACUAUGUCAUGGACACACUGGUUUUUGUGGUAUUUAGUGAACUGGGUGCAAGUCAUCCUGAUGUCUUCAGAUAGGUCAGUCUGUGGCUGCUCUUCUUGUUUUCUUCUGUUCCACAGGCUGUUGAAUCUAACCACCAUCCACAGAAAACAAAGACUUACAAAUGGACAGGAUUUUGUUUUGUGCUCACUGCAGUGUGUGCAUGUUACAACCACAGUACACACACAGAACAGAGAGUGUAAUGUUGUUUCGUAGAACUUCUUUACCUCUUUUUAAAUGGCAGUAUGAUCAAGUGCUUAUCCAGACCAAACAGAGCAAAUGAGAGAAAACCCUGAAAACAGAGUACAGAUUAGUACAAUAUUACUAUGCAACAACAAAUGCAGCGUCUUUCUGCAGUAGUGGGACGACCUACCUGACCGAAGUUGGUCACAGCACAGAAAAACUGCAGCUCUAAGUACAGUCGACCAGGAACACUGUUGAGGAGCAGCCACAAGCAGCUGGACAAAUUCUGUCGAACAGGAAAUAAGAGGAGGUUUCAUUUUUAAAAUGUUCACGGGGAGAGCAUGUAGGACCAUUCUUACACAGUUAUGGUUUUACAACCUUAUUUUAAACCUUUUAACUAUCUGCUUUGAUUGAUUAAGAGUGAUUGGUAUUCACUUUAAUGCUCACUUAGCAUGUCUGAUCCUCUAGCACUGAUAUCAAUACAAGCAUGAUGAUUUUUUUUUAGUUUUAUGAAUGAAUUUCUUUCCACUUCCAAUGACAGGGGCUGGAAAUGACACAGUCUAGCCAUUUAUAUCUGAUUAGGCCCGUGAUGCACUAACUAUAAUAAUGCAGGCGGACUUCACGUCGCUGUAGAAGUGAAAGGUGGUAGUUUACUCACAGCGAGCAAGCUGACAGUCAAGAGCAGACAUAAGAUCACAUGACGAGCCACUUGUCUAUCUGCGACCUGUUGGAGCUCCUCUGCCUGAACCAGCAGGCAGUCUGUGGAAACACAGCUGUUCUCACACUGACCUGAAGGUGGCAGCAGAGAACAUUAUGAAAACUCUGAUUUUGAAGAAACGUAAAGAUCACAUGACAGUGUUUUUUUUUUUUGUUGUUGUUUAUGUUAGUCACUGGAACCUUUCAAUAAGUUCAUACCUGUGAGUCUUGUCGCCGUGUUGUUUAUGCUUGCGCUGAUUAUCAUGUCGGGCAUGGGCUGGGCCGCUGCACAGUCACAUGUGAGGCAGGCUGAUAACAGAGUGAUGAUAGUGAAUGAUUCUUGACCCUAUUUUUAAAAUAAUCCCCUUAUCAGAGAUGUAACGAGCAAAGAGCGAGAAGCAGAAGCAAACGGCUUAUCUAAUAAAAGCUAAGAUAAAUACUAAGACUAAUAGCUGCACAUGACAUUGUUUUCGAAUGGACAUAAAACAUGCAACUGUUGACUUAACAGCAAGCUUUUCAACCUUUUUCUCAAUGAGUAAUUAUAAUUCAAGAUUUAUCUGAUUCCCUACAACACCCCAGUUAUCACAAACAAAACCUGUCAUGGUAUGAUUACAGGGAGUACAAUGGGAAGUCUUAGUCGUGGUGUUAAUUCUGUAAGUUACAAAAUCAUUUAUUGUCUGGGGUGUUUCCUCCUCACACUUACUCCUCUAGUUUGUAUCUACCUCACAGCACUGCACUCCUUUCUUCUACUUUCUUGUACAUAAACUGUAGCCUGAGGCUGAAUUGGAAGUCAAAGUCCCGUGUUUUUAUAGCAUCAUUACAUCAGAAGGCAUGAUUUUGUUUUUACAGCUUACUUUUGAUAAGGAACUGAAACGAAAAGGAUCCUGAAAUUUAAUGUUCAAAGAUGAUGAAAUCCCAUUUUAAGCUCAUGUUUCACCACCUCUGUUUACUUUUUGGUUUUGUAACUGUGUUAGCUUUUUGUCUGCUUGUGUAAUUGGAGAUAAUCCACACAGGGGAUGAACAACAGACAUAGGCUGCAUUGACUAUUUGACACUUCAGUUUUAACAACUAAGAAACAGUUGACCUUGUGUUUUUUUAAAUACUGCUCCUUCCUCUGUUUCCAACUUGAGCUUUGACACUUGACACAUCGAAUAGUUGUCAAAACAGCUUCUGUGUGUUCCAGAGGUAAUCACGCGGUGUGUCUUAAAUAACUGAAGUGCAGUAAUACCACUUCUUUAUUUAGUGUCAUCAAAAAAUACAUCCUCAAACAAAAUGUUGAAUAAAAAUAACCUUCAUUUAAAAAGUACCUCUGUCAAGCUCCCCUGAUGGAUUCACAGGCUCAAACGGAUUCUCAUCUUCUGUUACAACUUCACUCACAAGAACCUCUGUAGAGUUUUCGUCUUGGAUAUUAUCAUUCUGGGCCCAGCUGCCUCUACUAAGACACACAAGUGAGCCCCCUCCUAACAGUAUGCUGAGGCCUGCAAUUACUGAGGUGCAGAUAAUCUGUAAAAGAAAACACAUACAGACAUGCAGUAGAAACAAUUUAAAAUGGCUUUAAAAAGACACUUUAUAAGGCAGGGAACCACAGAAUGAUUUCCUCUGAUGCUGUUACCUGUGUUUUGCCAAAAAAGAAUGAUGAGUCUAUUGUGUCAGGCGUGGUUUCUCCAGAUAUUAGCAACACAGCAGUUGCUACAACUGGAACCCUGAAAAUAAACAAUGAAGGCUGUCAAACAUGUACCAAUUUACUGAAAUUAAGGUGCAUAUUUAUGAAACAGGAACUCUUUAUGUCUAUUGGGAUAUUUAUAUUAAACCACAGUGGAAGUUUCCCUGUCAACACGUGAAACUUUAUUUUACUGCAGGCACUCUGGUUUAGCUACAGGUUUGAGUUUACCAGUCAAAAGAUUUAGUUUCAUUUCUGUGUUGAUUCUCCUUCAAAGUGACUCACCCCCAGCCUGCAAGGAUCAACAUGCCAGACGGAACUUUCAGAUCCUCAUACUGCUUCAUGAGCACAAGAGAGAGGGCAAUCAAACCUGAAACAUCAACAUUUGCAGAAAGGAAUGAGUUAUUAGACUCAAGAUUUCAAAGCUCACAGGGAAAAAUGUAUGCAGUAUGACAUGGGGUUAAAGUGAGGGGAGGAUUUUUUUUUACAUUCAAAGCAUACCUGGCCAUACGUAGGUGCUGUAAAGUGAGGCACAUAGAAGCGUGAAAGUCAGGACCUGCCCAACAAAGUUGUCCUCUUUGACCACAAAGUUCCACAUGAUCAUCCCAAUACAAGUAACAAGCUACAGACAACAUUAAAACAGGAGUUUAGUGAUGGAAGGUUUCAUUAGCAGACCGACUUAUUGUGUCUGUUUCGAGGGGAUGUGAAAGUGUACUCACCUGUGCAAAGAAAAGGUUGACAGUAAAAAUAUGAGGUAGCCUUUUAAAUUUCUUGCUUAAGAACAUGACAGCAAUUGUCCACACCUGUCAGAAGGAACACAUUAACUUCAGCUUAUGUUUGACAUCGCUCAGACGUCAUCCAGUCAUGGGUAAAAACAUUAAUAAAGUAUAUAAUACAGCAGACUGCCAUUGAAAGUAGACAUGCCUAACCAUGUUUCAUCUCUGUUUUAAGUUUUGAAGCCACUAGUUUCAGGUUCCCUAAAAUGUACGCUAAAGUGAGGUUAAAAGAGGAUGUAGAUCUACCAACCAGAAAAGCAUCUGUUCACCCAGACAUCCUCUAAAUGGCUGAUCUGAGAUCUGUAAUUUCUAACAGCUAUUUCAGUUCAUUUAAUCAGUAUGUCCAAAUUUGAAUUGUUUAUUUUGUAAUCUUCCUUUACUGCACCAAAAUUAUAUAAAUGCAAGCUGGAGCGGAGGUGUGUAAUAUUAGUAUUGCAGUAUUGACGGUCAAACCGGUUUUAUUGUUUGGCUCUGAUCUCAGUUUUCAUGCACUGAGAAAGUUAACGAUUUAAAACAGUCACUACAGAUGAGCCAAAAAUGAGCUAACAUGCAGCGUGUCACUGUGGCGUGUUUUUACGACUUACCAGUGCAACUAAGCUCACUAUGCUAAUGUCAAAGGUGACAUUCUGCAGCGAGUUCAUCAAAGGCUGAGGAUCCAUCCAAGGGAUUGUGAGUAACCAGGCAGACACGUACAUUAUAGGAGCUGAGAGAAAAGUGCUGAUCACCAUCCCAGAGGUUACCUGUAAGGUUAGAAAAUUGAUAAAUCUUAAUUUCACAGGUAAAUAAAAAAUGCUACUUUGAGGAUAAAUGGCAAUUAAGAGGUUGGCAACUUGAUGUAAAAAACUCACAACUUCAAGCUCUGCGUUGUAAUAGACAGCGUAAAUGGCCACACUUGGUGCAGUUGGAAACACUCCAUAAAGAAAAGCAUAGUUGGAGAGGCUUGAGUGGUUCAAAGCACUGGUGUUGGUAUUGUCCAACAGAUCCACCAAGUCCUUACAGAUCAGCGGCAUCAGCAACCUGAAAGUCACAUUACAAGAUCACUAUCAGAUCAGUUGACAGUGCGGAAUUGCAGCACUUUCAAAAUUGUUGUAACACACUUGCUGUUAACCUUCUACAACCACCUAUAUUUGUCGGUCUUUAGGUAAAAGGCUUGUGGUCUAAAAAAAGGCCUGAGUCACUGUCAAAACAACAUGUCAGGAGCACUUGAAAAAGUACUGAGCUGCUGACCAGGUUCACUCCUACAACAUGCAUAGUCAUGGAAAACAUGUGAUCUGAUAACACUUUAUCACCUUGGAAAGAAAUCAUACAAUGAGAGAUUUUCCACUCACAGUUUAGCUGUAAGAAGUAAUAUCAGUGUCACGCCUGUGGAUCGGGUCAUUUUUCUUAACUGGCCCACCAUGGACAGUCCCAAGUAGAAGAGAGCUGCACCUCCAAAUGAGUUCGCCAAACCAUCCACAAACUGGGCCAUGAAUGCAGGAAUCUUCUGGUGCAGGACAAAGUGGGCAACAAGGCCGAUGACAACCAUGAAUACCAUGGGGUUCUUCAGGACCUGCAAAACUACAAGUCCCAUUAUGAGGACUUUGCUUUGUUGGGGCUGUCCCUUGCUCUUCCACUUCUGGAUCUCACAGAAGGCAAAGCCAAUAGGAUUUAGUAACAUCAGGGACACAGGUGCGACCAGGUAGAUGUACUGGAGGUACUCUGGGUAUGUGCUCUUGUACAGGGCCUCAACUGUGAAUGAAAAUCAAGAAAAGUGGCUUAUUAUCAACAACUUCUGUGAAUCUGACUGUUGACGAUGCAGCAAACAAAGACAAUCAAACAAGACAUAAAUUAAAAACCCAAACACAUAAUGAAAAAGGUUGAAAAAACUUAAUAAAUGUCUUGAUCUUAGCUUUGGGUUUAAAUAAAAUUCUGUAUUUUUUCUAGGCUGAGUAAUCUCUUUACACUGCUGCAGGGUGAGAAUUUAACUUCUGAUAGUUUGUGGAUUUAAUGGAUACUGACACUGUUGAUUUAGUCCCUUAAGUGAAACAAAAACUCUUUGGGAAUCGCACCAUUUGAGAAAACUUGAGCUAACAAGCAGAUUCUCAAAUUUGUUUUUGAAGGGCUCGGCUCCUUCUCCAUUGCACUGCUUUGUUUUGACAAGUCUAUGAACUGCACAAGAAAGCAAUAUUAUCUGUCACAGACUGUACUGUACUCUAUUCUUUGAAGUGCCCUUUGGAUGCUGGUGUUCUUUGUAAAAGUGGAACAAUGCACUAAAUCACAGAGAUAUAACACAUAUUGCUUAGAUAGCCUUGCAUUUAUCUUGUCUCACAUAUAUACCUGCAGCUGUGUGUGUGUGUGCAUGAGAAACAGACUUACACGCCUGAGUGAAUUAGUGUUAUGAGUUGUGUUGUAUUACUGUUUGGUUAAGUGCUUUUCAUCACCGUGUUGGUGUUUCAAUUUGACCUGUAAAAAGCCUACAAAUAAAAUUAAGCUGUUGAUUGUAAUUUGCUCAAACUUGCUUGGGAGGCUUGUUCAUUUUUAAGACAACAGCCAGUAAAGACUGUCUAAUGUUUUUAUGUCUGUACAAGAAACCUGUAGUUAUAUUGUAAAUCCACAGUAACUAUACAUCACAUAUUUCAUUGGCAACUGUGACUGUACUGUGUAUAUUUCCUUUACAGAAGAAUUUUGUUUAUAUUUCUGCAAAUCCUCCAGCUUUAGUAGAAAAUAAUGACUGUUUUGUGCAUCCAACAUUCUCACUGUGGGAAUUUAUUUUGCAGGAGUACAAUGUUGAAAAGGAAGGUUAAAGCAGUAAUUUUGUUUGUGUUUGUACUGCAACAAAUGGGUAAUUAUACUGUGAUCUGAUGAAUGUGAAAACUUACUUUGCUGCUGUGAAUGUGUGCGGUAGGCUUAUAGGUAUUACACUUACCUAUGGGAUAUCCCAAAGCAAAAUCAUUGCUUUGGGUGGCGAAGAUUGAGAAAAUCCCAGCCUUGCUGAAGCGUUUGUCAGGACUGGAAACUAUCAGUGUGAGAAUACACACAAGAAAAAACACACACACUUUGGCUAUGAGGAUGCUCCACAGGAAAGGCCAGAUGACAUUAGCAAAGUCCAGCAGGACCAUGUUCUUGAAUAGCAGUGCUGGAAGGGCAAACUUGGACACAAAAUUUCCCAGUCCUUUGGCUUGAGUGGAUGUGAUGAUGUUUGCCCUCCCUGCGAUGUAUCCACACAGUGUUAUCCCAAAACACUCCAAGAGAGCCGGGAAGAGCUUGUCAAUGGACAUGGUGCCUGAGGCAUCGUCAGAGGGGUCCAGGUCUUCCCCCUUCUGUGAGAAGUUGAAGUUGGUGAUUCUGGCCGGAGCCUCCAUCAUGCUGAUCGUCCCUCCAGUAUCAGCGGGCUGCUGUCAUGCCUGGUUUGCUGACAUAUUCAUGUCACUGCUGGACACAGUCAGAUACGAUCACCAGAGUUAGAUAAGACGGUGGAUCCCAUCACAACGCAGACAACGUGCAGGUCACCAAAAACUACUUCACAUGACUUUCAGGACUUCUAUAAUAACACUUCACCACAAUCUGCCAUCAUGAAGCCAGUAUUCAACUUUGAUACACGUGAAAUGUGUGGAGAGUGCCCCUCACCUCACCUCACCUCUGACAGCAGUUGUGUCCUCCUCUCUUGUACCAUGUGUAGUUCAGCUUCAGUAGCUGUUAGCCAGCGAGCUAAAUCUCAGUGUGGAAGUGGAGAAACACGACCUACGCAGUAUCCCCACACAGUCACAUGGGCUCAGUGAACACUCGAUGAAACUUUACCAUGAAAUAUUACUAUACCGGUCAUGUCAGUCCUGGGUGACUGGUAACAUUCCGCAUUACACGGGAAUUACUACAGUUCCCACCCAGGAACUUUCAUAAGCAGCCGUUUGUCAACAACCUUUAAACCAAUCAGGUUAUACGAAGAGAGAGGGGGCGGGGCUGACUUAUCUACAUUUAGCGCGUGCUCAGUCUUCAUAAUGCUGUAACAGAGAACAAUGACACAUAAUGAACGAAUUAGAGAUAACUCAAGUUAUAAAAGAGGCUGUCAGCGUGAAAAAGGAGAAAAAUCCUGAGAAGACCAAGUUUAAAGAGUGGAAAUCCAAUAGUUCUGAGCUACGAAUUCCAACUUUGUUGAUAACAGGCAUAUUUAUGAGAUACAAUGUCAAGAUUGGGAUAUAAAAGAUGAAGAUACAGUUGUAUUGUUUGUAUGAGACCAAACGGGCUGUCAAAACAAUUCAGAUAAAUAUCAAAUUAUGACAUUAAAGAUAUAAUCGAGAGAAGAGGAUCAAUAGGCUAAGAUAGAAGGACAAUAUUUUAAAAUAAACUGUAAGUAUUUUGGGGGGAAAAAGAAACAUUAAUUUAGUAGGAUUUAGUGGGAUAGAGAUGCUUUACAUGGACUGAUAUUUGACUAUGUGAUUUCUGAGUCAGGGAAGAACUAUGUGAUUUAUUUAUUAUUGUUGUUUUGUUAUAGUGUAUUGUUUUCUUUAGUUAUCUGUACUGUUUGUGUUGUAUUGUGGAUCUGUAAAAAAAUCAAUAAAAAAUUGAUCACAAGAAAUAAUUUAGUGGGAUGUCUGGUGACAGAAGUAUGAGACAAACGUUUGAAUUUUAGGCUUACAUAAAAAGCAGAAUGUGAAUGUUAAAAAUUCAUAAUUUUCUGUAAUACUUCUGAUAUUUUUACAGCUAUUGAACUUGCUUUGUCUCACAACCAUGACUGAAAUCACAUUGCUAUAAUUUGUUAAAUGUCUGUCUAUCUCAUUAUGAUUUAUCAACUAUCUGAACUUUUUAUUUGACUUUUAAUGAAGGAUCUUCUAACACCAAAGCUCAGCUUAAACUAUAUUUUUUAAUUGCAGAUAUAGCCUUUCUCAAUAUGCAAAUCCACAUUCUAUUUUAACAACUGAAAACAGACUCCUGUUUAUAAUUUCUCUUCAAUAAAGGCAUGUACUGUCUUUGAGUGUAGAAAAGUAGUGUUAUGUGUCAUACUGUUAAACCACUGCUAUGCCAUUGGUCACUUGGUGGUGUUUGUAGUUGUUUUGCUUUAAUUUUUGAGCUUUCUGCAUCUCUGUGUGGUGUUCAAGUGUUGUUUUUAUUAACUUUAAAACAAGAAAUAAUAACACUGACACUAAGCAGAUGACCAGGUCCAUGACCCCUCAGCUUUUGUGCACAGCCUGUGCCUGCAGGCUCAGUACAUUCAUAAUCAAACCCCAAAGUCUAGUACUAAAUGGAAACCAGCUAAACAAAGUUUGGAACAGGAGGAUUUUAUAGGCCUGGGUACACAUAACCUGAUGUUUCUGUUUGUUUUUCUUGCAGUAUAAAAAACACUGUAAGCCAUGACCUCUUUUCCCAUGAUGGUUCUUCUGUCCUCUUGUUGAUCUUGUUUUCUCUUUUGUUUGUAUGCUUUCCCUUCAAUAUUUGCUCAUCUUUCCUGUCUGUGUACAUGCUCUGCUCGCUCUUUCUGUGUUAAUGUGAUCUCUUUUCAAGUCUCAUGGGUGACUGGAAGUGAUGCAGUCGCGUCACUCAUGCCACAGAUCUGCACAUGCCUGUAUGUUGAACUAUAUACUUGCUCCUGUAAUUUGCACUUGUAAAACAGUGAGCUAUUAAACCUUCUAUGGUAAGUAGUGUUUUGUGAUGUUGGGUCAUACAAACAUUCACAUCAAAUUUGGUUAAAAAGAGAUGGAUAGGUAACCAGGUAAAAACAUGGGUCAGAGAUAGUCUUGAAGACUCCAAAAUCAGGCAACUGGACUGUGUAGAGUUGAGAAGAUGUUUCGCCUCUUAUCCAAAAAGUUUCUUCAGUUCUGAUUAAUGCUAGUGUGAGGAGCAGAUAUUUGUCUUACUUAAAAACCAUGACCUGGAUGAGUGAGAAUCUACAUGGACAUGGGCCAGAGAUAAUUUUACAAAGGCACAAUAUUUGCAUUUGUAUUUGAAAGUCAAAUAGAAGGUUGACAGAAAAAAAACAUCCCUACAUCAUAACAUGGUAACUUCUGUAUCAAACUUGAUGGGACUGCACUCUAACCAUCAUAGAUUCAGCCUUUCACGACAGAGAGUAUACAAAAAAAACCCAGAAUAAUUUCUGCACUUUUUAGAGUCAUUCAAAAAAGUCAAACCAGACUGACAGUGCAUGGCCGUGAAUACAGAACAUCUAAGGACAUUCUCCAAACUCUAGAAAAGAGACAAAGGGCUCCUUUAAGUGCUGCUGGGUAAUACACAGAGAUGUCACAACAGCUAUAUAUAUCUCAGUUAGUGACAAAGAGUUCCUCAGAGAAGUUCAACAGGUUGGACAUGAAGCACAGGUCUUCAGAGAAUGUUAAUUGCAUUGAACACUCCUUAUGUGUGAAGUAUAAACAUAAACAAACACUGCAGAAUACGAUCAAACACCAUGAACACCAGCUUGGGAACAAACACAGUUCUGCUCUGAGAAUAACUUUGGGAUACUUUCAGUCAGAAACAUAUGUACACCAAGCCAGUUUGAUUUGAUUAAAUCAAACUGAACAGGCCAAUAACCACAUGAUGGCGAUAGAGUACAGAGGAAAGAUCUUUGCUCAUUUCUUCAAUGUGCACUGACAUUAUUUAGGAAGCAACUUCAGCCCUGCUUCUGUUUUUUUAUUAACUCAAAACCUAUUACAUGCUUUAUGAUGCUACUUUAAGAUAUUUCUAGCCAGUCAAAAUUUGGACUAGAUUCUCCCCAGCCUGUAAAUUAGAGGGUUCUUCGCUUAAUAAACUGAAGCAGAAAGAACCUUGGGCAAAACAUGGUCACGACAAUGUCUAUUGUGUAGCUACGGUAAUAUUGCCUGUAAAAUGCUAAAACACCAUAAAAAAAUACCUCUUUCAUCACCAGCAUUGUUCAAAAUGGAUGAAACAUUAAACUGGGAAAAGGGUCAAUACAAAAGGAUAGGUAUCCCAAAAUUCAACCCUCUAGUGUCCACUACACAGAUGGUAAGAUGGUAAGAGUGAAUAAACAGUGAUUUAUUUCUUUAAAGGACAGUAAAAUAACCCAAAUCUGAACCAAGACACCCACAAAUAGGAGUUUUAUUACAACACCACCAGGGGGGGCCGUUUCUCAUUCACAUGCCAAAUGUCUGCACUGGUAAGAAGACUACAGCUACUAUUUCCACAACACAAUAACUGCACUGUUCACUGAAUACAAGAAAAUCACAUUAAAAGAUUAAGCCACAUUUAUAGUUGUUGUUCAAAAAAAAAAACAAUGGCACAACACUGUUCAGAAAAGAAAGCAGUAACCCCUGAGACAGACUUCUUUUCCACACUUUCCUGUCAGCUGUUAUAUCUGAAAUAAAAACAUCAAGUAAUGGAUUAUACAUGAAAGCAAAGGCCUCUCCAUUCAGCACAAAGGGACUCUGAGUAUUGAGGCAGACCCACACACUGUAGGCCAAAUGAAAGAUAACACAAUCAUGGCCAGGUGAAGGAUAAAACUGCUGCAAAGACUAAAUCUACUUUUAUAAGUAUUUAAUUCUUAUUUUGUAAUACAACACUUAGAUUGUAGAAGAAAAUUUAAAGUGGGAUUAUUACAUUUAUCAUUGAACCAUCACUAUUUCAAUAACCUGAAUUUUAUAUCUCCAUCUGCAAACACACUUCCUUAUUUACCAGGCCAAAAAAAAAUUGUGAAAAAAAAAAAAACAUGAAACAAAACCAUAUUUAGUCUUUUACAUCUGCUGAUUUAACAUUUACUGUCAAACCUAACUUUAAAAAGAAAAAUAUUUAGUUUUUAACCUCUUUUUCCCCUUUGUGUCCUUCUCUUGGUGUUGUGUCUCACUUCCAUUGGGUUUUGCCUCCUCCUUGGCUGGUGGUCGAUCAGGUAUUGAAGAUGUACGAGACAGGUAAUGGAUUAUUAACUCUUUUCCCUCUUUUUUUCCUCUUCCUGGUGAAUCUUUGGUUGAAACAGUCAGUGGAGUUUUUUCCCCUUCACUCUGCUUUGGAUCUUUACUCACAAGGGUGCUGCCGUUUCGUCCGUUCUGUCCUGGAGAGCUACUCACUGGUAUUUCUUUUGCAGAGGGCUUGUCAGGUUUUCUCUUCAUGAAUGCCAUAGUAGCAUCCCAUCCCUUUAUUGUUGACAUACAAGGCACCCUGAAGUCUUUUUUCCCCAGCCUAUCAUCAAUAGAAACAGCAUGUUGUUAAAAAUUACCUGUAAUAAACACAAUCUAAAUACACAGUAGUAUGUUGAGUAAAUGAGUAAACAGACC